AUGGGUGCAAAAAUUGAUCAACGACUGCUGAAUUCCAGAGGGCCAUAUUCGAUGGUAAUAUGCGGGGAGAACUAUCACCUUAUUGGUUCGUUGCUGCCACCUAAUGGACAAAGACCCAAGUUUGCACAGUUAUACAUGUUUGAUCCCGCCACAGAAGUUCAAGAUCGGAUGGCGAACUUUUCAAGCAACGAGGAUGUUCUGAAGCCAGAGAUAGUUUCAGGGUUAAUGGAAACGUUGAACGAAACAAAUGAGUUGGUCAAAAGCUUCCGACGAGUACGAGACCACCUACAAAAUCCAGCAAACCAAAACCUGCGGCUCAGAAUUGUUGGUGCUAGAGUGAAGAAUGGAGAACAGUAUGAACUACCUACUGGACAGGAGAUAGCUGGCUUAAUCCCGGGAGAUUUUCAACCAGACAAUAAUGACAGAGACAUAAUCGUUCUACACAGGAGCGAGGGGCUACGUCGUAUAAACAGUCUCAACCCCAAAUUCGACGCUCUACACUUUCCAUUGUUGUUUCCAUAUGGAGAAGAUGGUUUUCACACAGGAAUAUAUUAUAAUGAACAGUCAAACAGACCAUCAAGCGAUUGGAUAAAAAUCCCAGAUAAGUUCAUCAUCCCACAUAUAGGAAACAAGAUUCAAGCAAUUACUGAUACUGUCUAUAAUGAUUUUGGUUCUUACUAUGACAAUCCCAAUUACAUUAAGAAUCGAGCUAUAGUGACGCCGACAAAUCGCACGGUUUCAGAGAUAAAUGCAUAUAUGUUGGCUAAAGUAAGGAGACAAGGAAAAUUGUUCUAUAGUUCUGAUUCAAUUGAGGACGACUCACCAAACAGUAUAAGGCUUGAAGAAGAAUAUCCAACUGAGUUCUUAAAUGGAUUAUCCUUCAACGGUGUGCCAGAACAUGAGAUACAUUUGAAGGUCUCAACUCCGAUCAUCCUGCUUCGAAAUUUGAAUCCAGGUAUUGGGCUGUGUAAUGGGACAAGGAUCAUGAUUACACAUUUGGGAGAAAAUAUUAUUCGAGGUGAUAUCAUUGGAGGAAAGUACGACAAGAAAACAGUUAUCAUACCGAGGAUUGUGCUUAACGUUACCGAACAUCGAUGGCCAUUUGUCUUGAAGAGGAGACAAUUUCCAGUAAGGGUCUGCUAUGCAAUGACAAUCAACAAGAGCCAAGGACAAACUCUGGAUACAGUUGGGGUUUACUUGCCUAAGCCGGUGUUUAGUCAUGGUCAGCUAUAUGUCGCAGUUUCACGAGUUCGAUCGGCUGACGGAUUGCAUAUACUGAUUGACAAUGAAGCAGAAAUUCCGCAUAACUUCACAAGAAAUAUUGUAUACGAAGAAACUUUUACAGAUAUAGAUGAGAGAACUCAAGCACCGACUGGUAAUCACCUCACUAUCAAGACUAACUUCAUUUAA